AUGGCGAAGGAAAUUGCGGAAGAGUAUGCGUCGAGCCUCUCGGAUCUCACCGUGAACAGCAAGCCUCUGAUAAACAUGCUUACGAUCCUUGCAGAAGAGAAUAUCGAGCAUGCAGGGGUUAUCGUUGAAACAGUGGAGAAGCACUUGGAGAAGGUGCCUCCUGACAUCAAGCUGCCAGUUCUGUAUUUAGUUGAUUCAAUUAUCAAGAAUGUUGGUGGUGCAUACACACAGAAGUUCUCUGCCAUCAUCGUUAAUAUGUUUACUAAGACUUUCAAACAGGUGGAUGAGAAAAUAAGAUCACAAAUGUUCAAACUCCGUGAGACUUGGCAUGAUGUGUUUCCUUCAACAAAAUUGUACCAACUUGAUGUUAAAGUGAAUUUGAUUGAUCCAGCGUGGCCCAUCCAAGCUCAGCCGCAUCAGUCUAACAUCCAUGUAAAUCCAAAUUUUCUGAAAAAGACAACCCCAACACCGAGUACAUCUUUGACUGAGGAAGAAGAGAGAAUGCGAAGUGUUCUGGCCAAGAAGGAACAGGAACUGCUCAUGUUGCAAAGAAAGAAGGUAGAAAUGGAGCUGGAGCAGACUAGGCGGCAGCUACAGUUGGCCGAGAAAAAUACCAAAAAGUUGCCGAUAGUGGCGCCCGCGCCCGCCGUCGCCGCCCCGCCCACGGUGGCCAUGGUGAGCCCGGUGGUGGCGCCCGCGGUGGAGACCUCGCUCUCCGUCAAGCAGAGGCUGGGACCGAUCUAUAUAACCUUGUCCACAGCCGGUAAACAAACCGAGUGUGGGACGGAUAACGCCCGUCAGCGGCGCCCUUGGUGGCCGCGCGCCGCGACCCGCGCCUGGCUCGCCACCCGCCCGCCCCCGCGCCGGCGCCGCCCGCCCGCCCCAGCCGCCGCUGCGCCCGCCGCGCCCAUCGCGCCUAACGUGUUCGACAUCAAGCCCCUGGACCGGCACGUGACCGUCACGCAGCGCAAGAACGUCAUCACAAUAGACGUGCGCCAGGACACGCGCGACGCGCGCGACCCGCGCCGCCGCAAGCCGCCGCCCCGCGACAAGGACAAGCGAGACACCCGACCGAAAGACGCAAACAAGGUCGUCGACGAUUACAUAGACCGUCUCCAAAUACCAGACCCCAAGAGAAUAAACAAACUACCCCCCAUACCCAAAAUACAGCGCGAUAAAGACGACCCCCCCGUCAAACGGAAGAAGGAACUACCCCGCGACAGAAAGAAAAGAAGGGAUAAAGACAGCUCCAGCUCCUCCCCGGAAAAACGGCUGAAAAUUGUUAAAGCCAAAGAGAAAGAAAAGAAAGUUAAAAUAAAAGAGCGCAUGGAGGUUGAUGAAAAGCCGUCGGAUGGCGAAGUCGUCGCGUUCAAGGAACUUAAGAAUUAUCACAAGGAGAGAUACAUGCGGAGAAAUAAGGAGAAAUCGGAGAGCCCGGAGAGAGAGAAAGAAGAAGCGAAGCCGCCAGAAGAGUCUACAAAACCAGUUGAAGCAAGUGUGGAGAAUAAGGAUGUCGAUUUGCGAGUGUUGCAUCCGGUUAUCGCAGAAACAGCUGCGCCUAUCGGACAGAAACGAUCGUCCACUGAGGCACUUGAGGGGAAAGCUAAGAAAAAUAAGACAGAUAAGUUUGAUAUUCUUUUUGGGAACGAGGACGUUGAUUUGAGACAACUACCUCAAGUAGAAGAAGUGAAUGUACCGCCCCCACCUUCAAUAACUGAAAAUAAUAUUUUAAUAACGUCAAAAUCUAAGGAAAAUGAUGAUGGUCCAGAAGACUGCGAAGAAGCAGUCUCACCAGUUCGAUCACCAAGAAAAGACUGGCAAGAAGUAAAGGAAAAAGAGGAUACGAAGAAAACACCAUCGAAAUUGGAUCUUGUAAGAGCGAAAUUAGCUGAGGCAACGAAAGUUAAAGAUGGCCUUGGGCGUCCUCUAUUGUUCAGCAAAUCACCAAGUAUAGAAAGAGAAAGAAGGCGUACACUUAGUUCAGAAGAUAAUGAACUACGAACUGAUAAUGGAGAGGACUUUGACGCAGAAGAUCACAAAAAAACCAUUUCAAUUAUCAUGAAUCAAGCAAAAGAGCAAUUUAGCGAUGGCCAGCUCGACAAAAAUCAAUAUAACGCAUUAAUGUACCAAGUACUACAACUCAAUGAGAAGCUAAAAUUAAAAGAAGCGAAACAAAGAGAGUCCUUAGAAAUAUCCAAGAGGAAACUCAAAGCACAUAUACAAGAAGAAAAUAAAGUAUCUUCGCCUAAGGCAUCUCCAUCUGACAGAAAUAAAUUUGGAGACAUCGAUGAGAGAAUAACGCCAGCUCCAUACAUGGACCCUAUGUCUGAAAAUCAAAACCAUCACCAAGAUUCUGAUAUGAGGAUGAAUCAUAAUGGAGAAAUCAUGGACAAUAAACCCGGACAUUUCCCCAUGCCACCAAUGAUGCCCAUGUUCAUGGGACCGUUUCCUCCAAGGUGGAGAGGACAGCCUCGUCCCAGGAUGGAAGAUUUCGGACCUCGAAGAUUUAGAAUUCCCAUGCCGCCAUUUUUCAGGGGAAAAUUCGAUAAAAGAGGGCCCAGAUUUGAACCUAGAAUGCCACUUUUACCAACUCCAAAACUAGGCAUGUGCCAAGGUGAAAAUCCUUUAAAGCCUUACGAAAGAUCGAUUUCUCCUCCUCCACUUGGUACUCCCGGCUACAGUCUUCCCCCCACCGAUUACAAAGUGCUAGAAUAUAUUGAUCAAGAUCCUGUAAAAAGUAUUCAAAUCGAUGGCAUUCCUAGAGAAAUAAGAUUUUAUGGAGAAACAGCCGUUAUAAUGCGAGACUGGGACGACCCGCGGGAAAUAAAAUUUUUACCAGGGUCACGAAGGGUAACUUUUGAUAACAAAGACUCGGUCGUUUUAAACUUUAACGAGGGCUAUAAACAAGUAGAAAUAGACGAUCAGACGUUUGACAUUCGGUUUGGGGCGCCCACUAGGGAAUUGUACAUAAAUGGAAGGUGGUACGAGUGUUUCUUCGGCGGUCAGCCAUUAGGAGUUAUAAUUGAUGGUAAGCCUCGUUUAGUUCAUUUAGAAGGCCCGCUGCCGCAAGUAGAUAUAGGUAAAAUCAAACGCACAGACUUAGUGGCAGGCAAAAUUAAUCUCAUAGUGAACGCGACUAAUAUCUGUCCUGUGUAUUUGGACGCGAAAGUACAAAAGUUCCACGUGAACGGACAGUUCUUCACAAUACGAUUUGUAGAUUCUCUACGAACCGUGCUUAUUAACGAGCAACCGUUUAAAGUUGAAUAUGGUGAUCUGCCAAAGCCCAUAUUUAUUGGCGGGGAGAAGUAUUUUGUGAGAUUUUCUGCUCUGCCCAAAAACAUAAAACCCGGUCAGGUAGAAAUAGCAGGCAUGGAAGGAUCUAAGCCGUUAGAGAAGAAAGAAUCGGAAGAUAUUAUAGAAAAGAAAGAAGAACCGAUGGAAACCGAUGUGGAACAGCCCGUGGAGGAGACUGUACGGAAAACACCAAGCCCUGAAGGGGAGAUGAAAGGAUUGGAUAUGUUGGCGAGCUUGAUGCCAACCAGUAUGGCGCCGGCCUCGAGUUCGGAAUACAGUUCAGCCGAGCCAUUAUUUGCCAAACCGGAAAAAAUACCCGGCCUGGAAACACCUUCAGACGAAAAACCAGCGCCAUCUUUGCCAAUCCUUGGCAAUAUCAACGUGAACGAUUUGUAUGCUAAGCUGGUGGCCACCGGCAUCGUGCCAAUGCUAAACGAUGUGAAGCCAGACACCAAAGUGGAGCCCAAGACUGAGGAAGCUAAGCCCAAGCCGAAGGAAGAUAGGAAUGUGAUACAUAAAGUUGAUAUGUUGAAAUCGGAGACUCUGAGAGUGAAGCAGCCGGCGCUGGUGGCGCGGCUGUACGGCGGCAUGCAGUGCAGCGGCUGCGGCGCGCGCUUCCCGCCGGAGCACACGGUGCGCUACUCGCAGCACCUGGACUGGCACUUCCGCCAGAACCGGCGCGAGCGCGACUCCGCGCGCCGCGCGCACUCGCGCCACUGGCACUACGACGUCUCCGACUGGCUGCAGUACGAGGAGCUCGAGGACCUGGAGGAGAGAGAAAAGAGCUGGUUCGAGACGGGCGCGCCGGCGGGCGAGGCGGGCGGCGCGGGCGCGGGGGCGGAGGCCGAGGAGAGCCCGAGCGCGGCGGCGGGCGCGCCGCAGCACCACUGCGCGCUCUGCGGCGACCGCUUCCAGCAGUUCUACAACGAGGACCGCGAGGAGUGGCACCUGCGCAACGCCGUGCGCCACGACGACCGCCACUACCACCCGCUCUGUCUGCAGGACUACAAGGCAUCAUUGACAAAAGAAGAGCAGCCCAAAGAGGAGCCACCGGUGUUGACGGAAGUGCCCUCGCAGGAAAAGUGCGAGGAGGCGAUAGAGAUCGAGGACGACGGCAAGGGCGAGGACGAGGUCGAGUCCGACUCGGAGUCCGUGGUCGAGGUGGUCGAGCCGGAGGUCAUAACGGCUGAGCCUGUGGAGAUCGACGAAGGCGAAGAAGACGAUGUGGUGCUAAAAGCCGAGCCCGUGGAGCAGGUGGUGGUGGAAGACGCUGACACCGACGACGAGACGGCCGCCGAGCGCGCCACACGCGACAAGCGCGCCGAGAUCGACUUCGCCAACAUCAAGGUCAAACAGGAGCCCAUUGAUCCAGACGAUGAACCAAUAAUAACAGCGGAGGUAGAGAGCAUACCGCCUACCAUCGACACUACGCACAAUACAGUGACUUCGUCUAUCGACGGCAACGUCCAACUCGAGGACGCCACACAAACACCUGUCAUACCAUUUGGAGGCAUUCGGAUAAAUAUCUCAAAAACCAUCUCUACGACCACCAACCAAGAGAAGGAAGACGACAAGAUGUUAGAAGAUGUUAGUGCAGAUGAAGAACUCCUCCCACCAGGAGAAGAACCGGAGUUAGAGUAUAAGCUAAAACCCUCGUUAGAAGGCAUUGAGUUCACCAAACAGCCGCCUGUACAAAAAGGUAGUGAAUUAUCUGGACUGUGCUCCAUUAUG